AUGCCUCUAACGGCUGAUGUAGCGGCACAACAAGUGCAGGAGAGACUGCGAUCUAUGCAUAGAUUAAUAUAUGAUAUAGAAGCAGAAAGAGGUCGUAAUGAACAAUGUAUUGAGAGUAUACUUAGAGCUGAGAAGACAGCAGAAAACUCACCAACUGCUGAAGAUUCUGGUUCAUCACAACAGCAAAUGCAGUUAAAGAACCUAUACAAAAAUGGUUUGAAUGCAGCAGAACAGGAAGAAAGAGUUCUGCGAGCAGCGUUAUCAAGGAUUUAUGAAAUUCGGGCCAUCAAGAAUGAAAGAAGAAUUCAGGCAAGGCACGCGGGCAAUAAAGAAACGAUAGGUUGUGGAGCCCUAAUGAAAAUGCUGCUAAGCGCAGCGCAGACUUUGCCCCUGCAUGUGGGCAGAGUGGGUGAGCGUGCGCCCCCCUUGUGCGGGGCUGUUCCAGCUGAUGGAGGUCACGUGGCACGUGCCGGAGACGCUGUUGCAGCUUUAGUUCGAGUCUCCGACAAAGAGGAGAAUUGGAUAUUGGCUGAGGUGGUGAGCUGGCUCCCAGCACAAGGGAAGUAUGAAGUUGACGAUAUUGAUGAAGAGCAGAAGAAUCGUCAUGUGCUCAGCAAACGUCGGGUGGUGCCUUUACCCCUGAUGAGAGCUGAUCCCAGGACUGAUGAGCACGCGCUUUUCCCCAAGGGUGCAGUGGUUAUGGCACUUUACCCUCAAACUACGUGUUUUUACCGGGCAGUUGUGAACAGGCUCCCGGCUUCAGCUGCUGAUCCUUAUGAAGUUUUGUUUGAGGAUUCUUCGUACGCGGACGGAUUCUCCCCCCCGGAACGCGUAGCUCAGCGAUACGUGAUCGCUAUCAAGGAGGGCAAAGGCCGAGCCACCUGA